AGUUGAGCGCUUUCUGACGUUCGUACAACGCAUUUCCGCGGCCGUCUGCAACUCGCAUCUGCGGCGAGAAUUUCGCGAAAAUCCAACAGCGAAUUUUCCCAUCACUCGGUGUACAAAUAUUUAAAACCCAUUGGGAAAAUCGUGUUUUAUUGAAAAACCCAUUUGUUGUUUCGCGCGAAAGUGUGCUAUCAAGUGCCUGCAUUUACCGAAUUAAAUAUAUACACAUCUAUCUAACACACAUGCAACAUAGGAUGCAAUGUAUUUGUUUUUAAAACCCCUGCAAGUGCCAAAGAGAAAAGUUUUAUGCAAAUAAAGUAUAUCGCAAUAGCAGUAAAUUAAAUAUUAAAAUCCAUCUGUCUGUAUAAAAUCCAUCGGAUGAAAAAUUCACAACAAGUGCAACACAGCAAAUUGAAAAAUCUCUGCACCGUUGGAGAGGUUGUGGCAAAAGUUUGGCAUUUGUUUUUGGCCAGCAUUUUUCCCCGCCAUUUUCCCCCCUUUUCGCGGUGACGCCUGCGCAGCUGUUAGAAAAAUCUAAUUGGAUACUUUUCUGCCAAACGGACACCGGAAACGGAAGUGGGCUGCCAUUCGCAAUAGACUAACUACUACUAACUAGCGCGGCCUCUGUGAAGAACCUGUCCAUGGAUUUAUGAGACUCGCCCAGACGCACACGACGAUCCAGAUCCAGAUCCAGAUCCAUAUCCAGAUCCCGAUCGAGAUCGAGAUCGAUGUGGCCGGAGCCCACCGACUGAGGUCCGCCAGAAGGUAGAAAAUGGUGGACAUUUACCAGGAUGCCAGCAGUACGCUGCGCUCCGUGUUCCCGAACUCCCGCCUGGAUUCGCUGGCCGGAGCGGAUCGCCGGAUGGAGAGUCAACUGCCGGGACCUCCGGAUCCGGAUGCAGUCACCACGCCCUCGAGCAUCGGCUACAAUCCGCUGAACGACGACGACUGGUGGGCCAAUGCCAUCGAGGUGGACACCUUCGAUUCGCCGCUGGCCUUCGAUGCCAGCGAAAAUGGUCUGUGGAACGGACACUUUGUACCGCCGCCGCCCCGCCCGCCCUUCCUGGAUGAAAGCGUCGCCGCCGACGGCCUGACCACCUGUGAUCUCUGCACGUGGGCCUGGCAGCGGAAUGCCUACUCCCUGGAUGGUUCCAUAGAAACCGCCGGCGAACUUGGAUGGGCAUUCACCCUAAUCAUAGUUUCAAUCAUAUCGGCUCUCAUAGGUGCUAUUGUAAUGGUCAUAGUUCUAAGAUGUAGAAGAAUUAAAUCAGCGAAUGCCAAUGGUGGUCGCCCGCAGCCGUGGUGGUGUCGCAAUAACCGAAACGGUGGCCAAAACCGAUCGCCCAUCUCGAUCAAGCACUCGGCGGACAGCAUCCGGCGGCCCACGAGCAACUCCGGCGUCUGGACCUGGCUGGGAGGCAGUCGCCGCUCGUCCGCCGGCCCCGACCAGAUCGGUCCACCGUCCACGUCGCCGGCGGAGAACCACUACACCCACAUGGACGACGCCUACAGUCCGGUGGGCGUGAGCGAGGCCCUCUACGCGGAACUGGAUCGCGAGUCCGUGCGAUCCGCCAAUCCCUCGUAUCAGAAUACGGCGUACAGUCAGUGUGGCGAGAAAUAUAACUACCAGGGCCACGAGCAGGACAUUCCCAUGGUCUCCUCGGCGCCGAGCAGUGCCUACUAUUCGGACCUCUCGGUGACCGCGAUGCCCGGCGGAGCGAGUGGCAGUAAUCAGGGCGCCUACGAGAUUGUCGGACUGAACGUGAUGUCCCAGCCGCUGCCCAACUGGGAUCACCACGGAGGAGGUGGAGGCGGCAGUGGAGCUGCCGGAGCAGCGGCCGCCAUCCUCGGAGGAGGAGGUGGGGGUAAUGGAAUAACGCCCGGCGAGGCGGCGGCGAUGACGCAACGGCGAGGUCCUCGACUGGCGGCCAUCAAUGAAACGAGCACCAGCACUGUGCCCUCGGACUAUGUCUAAAAAAAUUAAGAAACAAGGAGUUUAAAAACAAAUUAUGUGAAAUGUUCAGCGAGCUUAACAUGUUAAUAGGAUAUAGGCAUACGUUAUAUACACCCAAUUAGUUAUAAGGCUACGUUUAGAGUAUAUUUAACUCUUGUAUACCACUUAGUGCUUAUGGUUUAUGUCUGAAUUGUAAUCUGUACACGUUACCGAUAUAUAUUUAUACACACUUACAAGGCGAGAAUGUAUUAUAUGUCUAGUUUUUAUAUAGUCUCUAAGCAACGAUUUAAUCGUGGGUGAUAUUUAGCCUAUAAAUAUGCUAUAUUCUUAUGUUCUACGUACUUUAAACAUUUUCUAAAAAUGUAAAAACGACACAAACGCAUUUUUCAUAGGCUAAGUUAAGAUGAGAAAGGACAAGAAGAAAUCAUAUUUCCCCCCAGGAUCAGUACACGCAAAUAUAGAAACGAUAUAUAGGUACUUACGAAUACAACAUAUUUAUACACUCAUAUUUACAGAUGCCGAAAACGCAAUUAGCUCACCAAUAUAUAAAUAUACAUAAAUCUAUUACAGUAAUAGAAGGAAUCAUAUUUACAACGAUUUUAACGCAACAGAUUUCACCAUAUUUACCGGGGGAAGUGAUCGUGGCACGUCAUAUCAUUUACCACACCAUUAUACAUAUGUAUGCAUAGCUAUCUAUAUACUAAACCAUAUACAAUAGACAGACUCACGACCCUUAGCAGAUGUACUUUAGUUCAUAGUGGCUCUCGGCAGGAUGCGAAUCCUCGGCUGAUUAAUUUAACAACACGCAGCAAGCACACACACACAAUUCCUGUACAUUUUGUUUUAGUUAAAAAUAUAAUUAAACAAUUUAUAGCUAUUUACAUUCUGAAUCCCAAAA